AUGAGUGCGACCACUGCCACUGCCACGAAUCAGCCCCAGCCAGACCCUGCUUCCUCCUCUCCCCAAGAUAUUCCUCAGCAACAACAUCGUGCGCAACAAGAACUACCGUCACCCACGCCGGUCGAGAUGUCGAGUCUUGCCUCUACUUCCCAGCAAAAUCCUUCAUCCUCCCCUCCCGCUAAUAACGGGGCCACCGAGUUCUCGGCGCCAUCGCAUGCUAGACCUGCAAGGACCGACACAAGUACGGCCAUUGAUCAGUCAAUGAACCCUCCUCCACCUCCACCUUCUACAGUCGGCAAUCCUCAGUCAGGAACGAGUAUAUAUACCACGGCCAUCGGCCCUUCAUCGGAUUCACCCGUAGUUCCGGCCAAAGAUGGUGAGACCGCAGGACCAACGUUGACGAUAGCCUUACUUCUUACGUCGGGCGCACGACAUCCGUUCAGGUUGGACGGUAAAUACUUGACCAAACGGAAUGUUGACAUUCCGGCAAAUGAUCCGUUCAAUCUAAGUGUUUACAAGUUGAAGGAACUUAUCUUGCGCGAAUGGCGGGAAGAAUGGGAGGCCAGACCUUCCAGUCCCAAUUACAUUCGACUGAUCAGUAUGGGCAGGUUAUUAGAUGAUAAAGCGCCGUUAAAAGAUUAUAAAUUCAGCACCGAAUCUCCCAACGUCCUCCAUAUGACAAUCAAACCCCAAGAUUAUGUUGAGGAAGAAGAUACCAAGGGACCCAAGUCAAACUACUCAACCAACCGAGAAGCCGAGGGAAGAAGUCCUGGAUGUCGUUGUAUCAUUAUGUGA